CACUUCUGAUUCUCUGGAUAAGUAAUUUAUUUCAUUAUUAAAACCUGUACCAAGACCCUCGUCACUGAGCCACUUAUUGGGGAAAUUUAAAGCUUUCCCUUCAAUGUAGGACUCUUACAUGAAAUGGUAGCAGAGAUGAUUUCUUCUAAAAAAUAGUUUGGGUCACAAAGACUUGUCUAUCAAAUAUAGAGACGAAGUUGCUAAUCAAGGUGGUACAAGCAUGGGAAUACUUAAGUUUUGGUUGGCAAAUUGAAAACGGCACCUUCAAAAUGUGAAUAAAACCUGACCUAGCUACUUGUUUUUCUGAAUGAUGACAUGAAGAGUGCUUGUAUUUUGCUGGAAUACCUUCAACUUUCAAGAGUAUUUUAUCUAGUUUGAGAUCCAGCAUAUAGUUCGACAAAUUGAUUGUGUACCCUGGGAUGUCUGCAGCAGGCCUUUACUGUGAAAACUUUGAAUGUUAUAUACAUACAGAGAUUACACUGAUUCUUUCAUGCCCCUUCUUUCGUUUCACAUUGUUGUAGCAUCAAGUAGUUUCUGAUUGUUUCUUUUGUAUACUUUACAGUUCAUGGCUUAUAGAAUGAAUGCAAUCAUGUUGCAGUCUUUGCCAGCAGCCGAGAAUGAAAGCUUUGGACAAUUGUUUGUAAUUUCAAGAAGUUCAUCUAUCCUGAAUUUCUCCAACAGACUAGAAGUAACUGAACAAAUUUCGAAGUUUGGUGUAAAAUGUAUGCCAUCUCCUAAUAUUAGGUCCUGGACAAGAAGACAUGGUUCAAGAAUAGCAUUUGCUCUGGAUACAGGAAGCAUUCCCAGUAGUGAUGAUCAAGAUGGCCUCAAUGGUGAUGGUCGUGAUCUAGGUGGAACCCGUUUGGGGAGGAUAGUAGGUGCUGGAGGCAGACAGUUCUUGGAGAAGCUUAAUUCAGCUCGGAAAAAUUUUCCUAUGAAAGUAUUUCUGCUUCUCUUAGGUUUUUAUACGGCAAAUGCCUUGGCUACAAUCCUAGGACAGACUGGUGAUUGGGAUGUAUUAGUAGCAGGAGUCGUUGUCGCUGCAAUUGAGGGAAUCGGAAUGCUGAUGUAUAAAAAACCUCCUUCUCUUCCAUCCAGGAGGUUGCAGUCUCUGAUUUCAAUGGUGAACUACUGGAAAGCAGGUGUUAUUCUAGGUCUCUUUGUUGAUGCUUUCAAACUAGGCAGUUGAUACCUUUCUAAAAUAUCUAAGGUUAAUACUGUUGCAAUCUCCCUUCCAUAGGACUGGUUUAUUGAUCUUACCUGUUUUAUACGUAUAAAACUUAAUAAAAGUAAAACUACUUGUACACUCUAUUGUAUAGUUAAUUAUUGUCCCAGAUGGUACCAUAUAUGCCCACAGUAGGAUGUGUUUAA